UCGACCUAUCACGGCGCCUCCACAGAUGCGCGGCUCCUGCACCCCACAAGGCUACUCAGUCUGCCAGUACCAGGGAAGGAGGAGACUUGUUACCCAGUGCCUCACCCGGUGGUCAACGCCAUUAGUCUCGCAAUACCAAGGCAUCUAGAGGAGACUCUUCUUCCCCGAUACAAGAUUUUCCUUUCCACCCUGAGGAGGCUGGCAUCGUAAACUCGUCGAGAGGAGGUGUACAAGGCCGCCCUAGUUGAUGGUGGCCAAGGAGUCUGAACCAGUCAAGCCACGGACCUCGGGGACACCUUCGGACACCGUGUUUGGAUUGCGUCAUCGUCAUGGCCUCGCUCGGGGGCUUCGUCGAGUUCUUCCAGAAAGGGAAAACUUUCCGGCCCAAGAAGAAGUUUGAACCCGGCACGCUGAAGUACUCCCUCCACAAGCAAGCCCAAGCGUCCCUCAGCUCCGGCAUCAACCUGAGAAAUGUGGUGCAGCUGCCGCCAGGGGAGGAUCUCAAUGACUGGAUCGCCGUGCAUGUUGUGGAUUUCUUCAACCGCAUCAACCUCAUCUACGGAACGGUGUGCGAGUACUGCACGGAGGCGUCUUGUCCCACCAUGUCGGGCGGCCAGAAGUUUGAGUACCUGUGGGCGGAUGGCGUCAAGUACAAGAAGCCCACUGCCCUGCCCGCCACACAGUACAUUUCCCUGCUCAUGGACUGGGUGGAGACGCAGAUCAAUGACGAACACGUGUUUCCAGUCACUGUGGACGUGCCCUUCCCCAAGUCCUUCAUCCCACUGUGCAAGAAGAUCCUGACGCGCCUGUUCCGGGUGUUCGUCCACGUGUACAUCCACCACUUUGACCGCAUCGUGGCCAUUGGAGCGGAAGCUCACGUCAACACCUGCUACAAGCACUUCUACUACUUCAUCAUGGAGUUCGAGUUAGUGCCUCAGAAGGAGCAUGAACCCCUCAAGGACAUGACCGCCAAGAUCUGCCACGACAGUCCUGAGCUGCACAUGAUGAACAGUGACCCCAAGAAGUAGGAGGUGGGCGGCGAGUGUUACCAAGCAAGUGUGGGCGUCUUGGCGUGUGUAAGCAAGUGAGAAAAGAUUGACAAGCGUGUGAGAAAGGGUUGACAAGUGUAUGGAGUAUAAGCAAGAGUGUAAGGCAGUGUUGACAAGCCUGUGAGGUGCACUUAGUGUGAGAAAGGAUUGACAAGCUUGUGAGAAUUGACGAGUGUGUGAGAUGGAGUUCACAAGCAUAUGAGGUAUUAGCAAGCGAGUAAGAGUGUGUCAGCAAGCAUAUGAGGUCUUAGCAAGGGUGUGAGGUGGAGUUAGUGUGUGAUGCAGUGUUGACAAGUGUGUGAGAUGGAGUUUACAAGCAUAUGAGGUAUUAGCAAGCGUGUAAGAGUGUGUCAGCAAGCAUAUGAGGUCUUAGCAAGGGUGUGAGAUGGAGUUAGUGUGUGAGGCAGUGUUAGCAAGCCUGUGAGGAAGAGUUUACAAGCAUAUAAGGCAUUAGCAAGCAAGUGAGGCAGUAUUAGCAAGCAUAUGAGGUCUUAGCAAGGGUGUAAGGUGGAGUUAGUGUGUGAGGCAGUGUUAGCAAGCAUGUGAGGAAGAGUUUACAAGCAUAUAAGGCAUUAGCAAGCAUAUGAGCUCUUAGCAAGCAUGUGAGGCAGUGUUAGCAAGCAUAUGAGGUCUUAGCAAGCAUGUGAGGCAGUGUUAGCAAGCAUAUGAGGUCUUAGCAAGCAUGUGAGGCAGUGUUAGCAAGUAUAUGAGGUCUUAGCAAGCAUGUGAGGCAGUGUUAGCAAGCAUAUGAGGUCUUAGCAAGCAUGUGGGGUGAUAGAGGAGAGGAAAAAGAAGCAGAAAUGAUACAGAGGGAAAUGGAAAGAAAAAAGCAAUAGAUAGGGAGACAAGAAAUGAAAAAUAUAGAGGAAGGAAAGGAAAAAUACAGACGAAGGGAAAAUAUAGGAAAAAAUGGUUGGCAUGGAUGGGGUGGGUGAGGUUACAGAGGGAAAUCAAAAGAGAAGAAGCAAUAAAAAGGGAGACGAGAAGUGAAAAAUAAUAGAGGAAGGAAAAGGAAACUAUAGGAAAAAAUGUUUGGCGUGGAUGAGGGUCGGAUGAGGUUAGUUAGGCGGCGAGUGAUCUCAGCAGUGAAGCAAGGCAAGCAGUGUUCCUUCAGGGUUCUCACUCAAGACCUACUUCCCUUUACCUCCUAAGAGUCAUGACGGUGGAUAGCUUUACACACUGUGACCCAGACAUCUCAUUCUCAUAGAUCUGAAUACGUCCUUCCUUGGAUGCAUAAGAAAGCCUGUAUUCUUAAACGUAUCGCACCUCAAUUUUGGCCUGUUCGAAAGCCUCUCUUGUAGAAGUUUUGGGGUUUUCAUGGGCUGUUUUGUGGGCAUAGGGAUAGUUUGGCACAUCCUCAGCAUCUAGAACUGGAAAACAACCCAUCAAAACCCAGCUAAUCUUCACUGUUUGAAAAGCCCCUUGUAGAAAUUUCUGGAGUUUUCAUGGACUGUUUUGUGGGCAUAGGGAUAAUUUUACAACCCCCUCUGCAUCUUAAACAGAAAAAUGAUCCAUGAAAGCCUGGCUAAUCUUCUCUGUAUUGAAAGCCUUUCAUUGAAGUUGUUAUGGGCUUUUCAUGGACUGUUUUGUGAUGCCAGAGGGACAGUUUUACACACCCUCUGCAUCUUGAACUGGAAAAUGACCCAUGAAAACCCAGCUAACUGUCUCUGUCUGAAAAGUCCCUCUCUUAGUAGAAGUUGCUGUCUGGGCAUUUCAUGGACUAUUUUGUGAUGCCAGAGGGACAGUUUUACACACCCUCUGCAUCUUGAACUGGGAAUUGACCCAUGAAAACCCAGUUAAUCUUCUCUGUUUGGAAGGCCCUUUUUGUAGAAGUUGCUCUGGGCUUUUCAUGGACUGUUUUGUGAACCCAGUUAAUCUUCUCUGUUUGAAAAGCCCGUCUGUUUUUAGAUGUUGGAGGGACAUUUUCACACGGCCUCUGCAUCUUGACCAGGAAAAUGACCCAUGAAAACCCAGCUAAUCUCCUCUGUGGCUUUAAGAGAAUAGACGUGAUGUGAGCCCGAUACGUUUAGCAAUACUGGCCACACAUAGUCUCCUAGAAGCUUGUCAAAGUUGUAUAGUUUAUAUAUAUUCGCAUAAUGUUUUUUUUAUUACUUCGGUAAGGAUUGUAUAGGCCAGCAAAAUUACCAGCCUAAGAGUCAAGAUUUGUGUGUUACUUAUAUUAUUAGGGAGAGAGAGAGAGAGAGAUGAUUUUAGACAUUUAUAAGAGUGGGUAUAAGAAUAAUAGGAAAAAGAAUUAGGUACUACAUCACCAAAAAAUGUUAUGUAUAGUUUAUGCACGCUCGUGACGGCGAGUUUACUUCGAAUAAGGUUAUGAGGUUAUCGUAUUAGCAUGUUGACACACACAGACACAGGGCAGAGGUCAUACUUCAUUCCUUGUCUACUUUUGGUCAUCCCUAUUGUUCUGUCCCAAUCCCUUCUGCAAGAGUUAACUAACAUCUUCAUUUUAUACUUCUCUCACUCAUCGCUAUAGUUCUGUCCCAAUUCCUUCUGCAAGAGUUAACUAACAUCUUCAUUUUAUACUUCUCUCACUCAUCCUUAUAGUUCUGUCCCAAUCACUUCUGCAAGAGUUAACAGCAUAUUCAUUUUAUACUCUCACUCAUCCUUAUAAUUCUGUCUCAAUCCCUUCUGCAAGAGUUAACUAACAUCUUCAUUUUCUACUUCUCUCACUCAUCCUUAUAGUUCUGUCCCAAUCCCUUCUGCAAGAGUUAACCAGCAUCUUCAUUUUAUACUUUCACUCACUCAUUCCUAUAGUUCUGCCCCAAUCCCUUCUGCAAGAGUUAACCAGCAUCUUCAUUUUAUAUUUUCACUCUACCCUACACUGUCCUAAUCCCUCAUGCAAGAGUUGCUUCAUGGCAGACUAGUUAUUGUUUGUGAAUGCAUGGUGAGUGAGAGUUUUGGGGCCAGUUCGACGGUCCAACACAGAGUCUUCUAAUGUGGGUAUGUGGGUGUAGGUGUGUGUGAAAGCCCCAAAAUGUGACCACUUGACUUCUUAAACCACCAAAAACUAAACUGAAAGUUGCCCCGUUCACCUAUGUGGGUUACGAGUUUGAGGACAUGACCAAUUAACUUCUUAAAUGACAAAAAACUAACCAGAGAGUGGUCCAGUUUGUCUGUAUAGGUUAUGGUUUUGAGAUUGAAGUAUUGCAUGACCCAAAACUAGGCUAAAAGUGGUCCCAUUCACCUAUGUGGAUUACGAGUUUCAGAACAUGACCAAUCAACUUCUUAACCCUUAAAGUGCGGGCUUGUUUCGCUGUGCCUGUCCUCCCACGCGGGCAUAUUCAUGCAAAAACAUACCCCACUUCAUCCUUUUAUAUCUUCACUUCUACUUACCUCACGCGACUGAAUGACGUAUCAUUAUAAAUUACAUCUCCGUAACUGUCCUUUGAUGUUAAUUUGAAGACUAUAUAACCAUUGCUAGAGCGAGUACGGAUUAUUGAAGUAGGAUCGCUGAAAACACAUUAUUAUAGACAGUUUUCCACCCCUAGUGGACUUCCCUUCUAUGAUUUAGUAAUAAAAAACAUAACUUUAAACAGUUUAUGUGAAACACACCCAAAAAAACUUAACUUCCAGGCCUUCCUGAUGCCCUUGAUGGCUGCUGAGGUCAAUGGGUCCCAAUCUUGUGGAUGAAAUUCACUGGAAGGUGAGAAGAGGUGGGAUGCCUAGCAGACAUCUUCUCAAAGCUAACACAAGGCAUGCAUUGAACAAUAAUUAGUCAAGGAAGCAUGGUUGGGUAUUGUUUGAAAGAAAACGACAUGCUUACUCUACUUCAGCACAAACAAAUUAAAUUUGACGGCGCGCUUAGUCAAAAAAUGCCUUGUCGACUAAUGUUGACACCCGCGGUUUGAGCCCAGGCACCAGCUGUCGACUAUUGUCGACACCAGCGCUUUAAGGGUUAAGCGACCAAAAACUAACCUAAGAGUGGUCCAGUUGGUCUGUGUGGUUUACGGUUUGAGAAUAUGACUGAUUGAAGUAUUGCAUGACCCCAAACUAAACUAAAAGUGGCCCCGUUCACCUAUGUGGAUUACGAGUUUGAGAACAUGACUGAUUAACUUCUUAAACGACCCAAAACUAACGAGAGCGGUCCAGUUUGCCAGUGUGGGUUAUGCUACACCCUGGCACAUGUCUUGAUUGCAAAACAGAGCAUUGGCAAAGUACAAGGAAGGUUGUCGGGGAUUUUAACUCAUUGCCAGAUAUGAUGAGCUGUAUUGUAGCGUAGCGAGUGGAGAGUGUCAGAGAUUCUUACUCAUGUCCAGAUCUGAAUAAAGGUGAAAUAUGCAUAGAGGGGAGGAAGGAAGGGAAAAGUAACCUAAAUGGAGAUGAAAAGAAGAGGAGGAGGAGGAAGAGGCUGUUGUUGGAGAUAAGGAAGAAGAUAUAGAAGGAAAAAUAAAUAGCCUUGUAAUAGAUAGUUUACGGAUGAUAUUGCAAGCUGUACCCAUUUCCAGACAUGAAUAAGUAACCAUUUAAAAUUACAGCCAAUGGUGGAUAUCGCAAACUGUGCCCAUUUUCAGAUAUAAAUAUGUAACCAUUUAAAAUCAUAGGUAAUGGUGGAUAUCACAAACUGUACCCAUUUCCAGAUGAGAAUACGUAACCAUUUAAAAUCACAGUUAAUGGUAGAUAUCACAAGCUGUACCCAUUUCCAGAUAUAAAUAUGUAACCAUUUAAAAUCACAGUCAAUGGUGGAUAUCACAGACUGUACCCAUUUCCAGAUUUGAAUAUGUUACCAUUUAAUAUCACUGUCAGUGGUGGAUAUCACAAACUGUACCCAUUUCCAGAUAUAAAUAUGUAACCAUUUAAUAUCACAGUUAAUCGUGGAUAUCGCAAGCUUCACCCAUAGCCAAAAGAACAGCCUUGUAAUAUCAGAGUUAACAGGUAAUAUCGCAAGCUUCACUAUGGCCAAAAGAACAGCCUUGUAAUAUCAGAGUUAACAGGUAAUAUCGCAAGCUUCACCCAUAGCCAAAAGAACAGCCUUGUAAUAUCAGAGUUAACAGGUAAUAUCGCAAGCUUCACCCAUGGCCAAAAGAACAGCCUUGUAAUAUCAGAGUUAACUGGUAAUAUCGCAAGCUUCACCCAUGGCCAAAAGAACAGCCUUGUAAUAUCAGAGUUAACAGGUAAUAUCACAAGCUUCACCCAUGGCCAAAAGAACAGCCUUGUAAUAUCAGAGUUAACAGGUAAUAUCGCAAGCUUCACCUAUGGCCAAAAGAACAGCCUUGUAAUAUCAGAGUUAACAGGUAAUAUCACAAGCUUCACCCAUGGCCAAAAGAACAGCCUUGUAAUAUCAGAGUUAACAGGUAAUAUCGCAAGCUUCACCUAUGGCCAAAAGAACAGCCUUGUAAUAUCAGAGUUAACAGGUAAUAUCGCAAGCUUCACCCAUGGCCAAAAGAACAGCCUUGUAAUAUCAGAGUUAACAGUUAAUAAGUAAGGCAAGUGUGUGUAGGGAGUUAGUUAGACGAGAGACACUUUCAUAUAUUUUUAUUUAUGAUAUUUUUCAACCAUUGACUGACUUAUGUACUUGUGGUUGGAAGCUGAGUCUGACCCUUGGGUAAUAUGGACGUCACCGUAGCCAUCUCACACAAGGUUAAUACUGCCGACUACUACGUGUUGUACGGCUGACACGGACGACACCGUAGCCAUCUCACACAAGGUUAAUACUACCGACUACUACGUGUUGUACGGCUAACACGGACAUCACCGUAGCCAUCUCGAGUGGUUAAUACUUAUGAUAUGUGUUGUGUUUUAUUUCCCCAAAUGGCAUGCUGUAAUGAUUAGCUCCAGGAAAAUUAAUGAGACUUUUUGAAAUAUUGAUGUAAUAUGUUUUGUGACCUCUUUCGUCUAUGAAUCUGUAUAAUGUGUGUGAAGCCUAAUUUUUGGAAAUGAGAAACUCACUAGCUUUUAAACUGUCAUAUUUGUUGACUUACUACUUCUGGUACGUCAAAGUAACAUUUGAAACAUUUAUUAAUAGCCUGUUAAGUGCAGUUACAUAUGUUGAUGUAUGUAUUGUUAGAGGCCAGCCUUUAUAUAAGAAUAAGCUUUUCAGGCAAAGUACGUCAAAGUAAUUACAGCAAUACCUUACUUUACGAGUGUUUUGAUUUACGAGCCAAAAAAAAACUCUAAAAAUGCCUUGGUGUACGAGCAUCCUGUUUGUACAAGUCAAAGACGUGAGGAUGGGUUCCCUUUGUUCACCCCAAGACGAGAUUGCUCAGAGCAGAAAACAAUGGGAAUGGGGUCUCAGUCUGCAUUGUACACUCAGAGGUAGCACCCACGCACUCGUGCCCACUUACGUUUUUGUUCUAGUGUACGAUCUUUGUGUUUUUAGCUUUGGUUUACGAGUUUUUUGGUUUGUGAGUAAAAUUCCCAAACGAUUUGAGCUCGUAAGUAGAGGUAUGACUGUAUCUGGUUUUGGGGUACAGGCAUUUUCCUUCCAUCUGUAUUCGUUAGAAGAGAAAGAUAUGAGAAUCUCGGUAACUUCUAAACUGUCAUAUAGUUGUUAACUUAUCUCUGGUGUGUAUCAAGAUCAUUAUGUAGUUUUUGGGGUACUGGCAGGAGGAGGUUAGAGGGCUUUCCAUUUGUAACUCUUGGAAGAGGAACAUAGGAGACCCAGUAACUUCUAAACUGUCAUAUAUUUGUUAACUUAUCUCUGGUGUGUAUCAAAAUCAUUCUGUGGUUUUGGGGUACUGGCAUAGAAGGGUUAGAGGGCUUUCCAUCUGUAACUGUUGGAAGAUGAACAUAAGAGACCCAGUAACUUCUAAACUGUCAUAUAUUUGUUGGCUUUACUCUGCUAUGUGUCAAAUUAAUUAUGUAGUUUUGGGGUGUUGGCAUAGAAGGGUUAGAGGACUUUCCAUCUGUAACUGUUGGAAGAUGAACAUAAGACACCCAGUAACUUCUAAACUGUCAUAUAUUUGUUAACAUCUCUGGUACGUCUAAGUAAUUAUGUGGUUUUGGGGUACUGGCAUAGAAAGGUUAGAGGGCAUUCCAUCUGUAACUAUUGGAAGAGGAACAUAAGAGACCCAGUAACUUCUAAACUGUCUUAUAUUUGUUGACUUUACUCUGCUAUGUGUCAAAUUAAUUAUGUAGUUUUGGGGUACUGGCAUAGUAGGUCCUUGUACACUAUACGCCUCAUGUCUAAAACACGUAUUUGAGAACUAACAUGACCUAUUCAAUGUUUUUACGCAUGUGUUCGUAGCCAAGGGAACCAAAUUAUACAGUGUCGUAGUGAAGGGCGGCAGAUAACUUAUUGUGGAACAGACUUGUGGUUGACUGACUCGUGGUUGACAGUCUUGCGGUUAACAGCCGAUUAUUACAAUGUUACAAUCCCUCAGUGUUGCAUAUUUUAGUACAUUUAUUAACUCCUCACAGUAUAUUUAUUAUGAUGGUUUUUCUAUAUAUAUUUGUGUUAGUAUUCAGUCUAUAACACAAUAGAACAGGCUCUCACUCACUCACUCACUCACUCACUCACUCAAUAUCAUUUAUACAUAUCUUUGGUUUACUCAUACACACACACACACACACACACACACAUACAUACACAUAUUGAGUUAGAAGGAAUUUAAGGAAGAAAUGGACAAAUAUAGAUAUGGGACAGGACCAGAUGAAUAUGUAUACCACAGGCCCUGUAUAUGACAACUAGGUAAACACACACGCGCGCGCACACACACACACACACACACACACACACACACACCUUUAGCUCAUCUCUCAGCCAAAAGACUCUUGCCAUGACUUUAUAUACUACCAUCAAGAUGUUCAUAACAGAAUUGAUAAUAAAACAUUUUAAACAGA